AUGCCUGAGGCAAACUAUUUACUCUCAGUUUCUUGGGGCUACAUAAAGUUUAAAAGAAUGCUCAACCGGGAGCUAACUCACCUAUCUGAAAUGAGCAGGUCAGGCAAUCAGGUCUCAGAAUAUAUAUCGAACACGUUCUUAGACAAACAACAUGAAGUUGAAAUCCCUUCUCCAACGCAGAAAGAGAAAGAGAAAAAGAAGAGGCCAAUGUCCCAGAUCAGUGGAGUCAAAAAGCUGAUGCACAGCUCCAGCCUAACUAAUUCCAGUAUUCCCAGAUUUGGAGUUAAAACAGACCAAGAAGAUAUUCUUGCCAAGGCAGUGUUUACUGAUUUGGAGAUUCUUGCAGCAAUUUUUGCCAGUGCAAUACAUGAUGUAGAUCAUCCUGGGGUUUCAAACCAGUUUCUUAUCAACACAAAUUCUGAACUCGCCUUGAUGUACAAUGACUCAUCAGUACUGGAGAAUCAUCACUUAGCUGUGGGCUUCAAGCUGCUGCAGGAAGAAAAUUGUGACAUUUUCCAGAAUUUGACCAAAAAACAGAGGCAAUCAUUGAGGAAAAUGGUCAUUGACAUUGUACUUGCAACAGACAUGUCUAAGCAUAUGAAUCUAUUGGCUGAUUUAAAAACUAUGGUUGAAACCAAAAAAGUGACAAGUUCUGGUGUCCUACUUCUUGAUAACUAUUCAGACAGGAUUCAGGUUCUUCAGAAUAUGGUGCACUGUGCAGAUCUAAGCAAUCCAACCAAGCCACUCCAUCUCUACCGUCAGUGGACAGACAGAAUAAUGGAGGAAUUUUUCCAUCAAGGAGAUCGGGAAAGAGAGAGGGGAAUGGAGAUAAGUCCCAUGUGUGAUAAGCACAAUGCAUCUGUAGAAAAAUCACAGUGGCCUGAUCCUGCCAAUUCUGUCUUACUACCAGAAGUGGUCCUAGUGAAACCAGCUGGACCACUAAGAUUAGAAUUUGCAGGACUAGAGCCCGUAAGAAAGGCAAAGCCAGCCACUGGCAAGGGAGCCAAAUCACUGGAAGCUGACGUGCGACAAAUUCAGGCUGCAGGACAGAGCAGCUGCGUCAGCUGGUUUCAUUCACUCUUCGUGCUUGCAGCAUUUCUGGAGAAAAAGGUUGAUGAUAAGCUGAGACAAUACUCAUUGCAAGGGGAGACUUACCUUCCAGGUGUUCUUGGAGUUCACGUCAUCGGUCUUCUCCAGCAACAUGAGGGCUUGUGGUCUCAUGGUUUGAGGAUAAAAUAUGGACUCCUAGAUAUCCUCAUCGAAGUAAGUAAAAUUGAGGUAAAACUCCAGUUCACUGACAACAGCAGCGCUUCUGCAAGAGGUCUGAGUGAAAUACAAGUGUUUGUAGCCAGUGUGGUGAUGGUUGUCUCAGUGACUGAAUGGGAGAUGAAAUUCCUGAAUGCUUAA